UGGAGACUAUGCCAGGUUCUUAACCACUGAGCCACAACAGGAACUCCUGCAAUAACUUUUAAUGGUGUGUAAUCUGUAAAAAUACUGAUGUACGUAUGUACACCUGAAACUAAUAUUGUCCAGAAAGGGAAACCCAUAGAGGCAGGAAGUAGAUGAGUGGUUCCUUAGGGUGAAAAUGUGGUUGAGCGGAGUUUAGGGAACAGGGAAGUGACAGAUAAAGGGUACAGGUUUUCUUUUUGAGGCGAGUUCCUUCCCUAUUCUUGGCCUCAUUUUCCCCAGUCCGGGUAAUGAGGUGGGCAUUUCCCGGCUUCCUAGUCUGUCUCUGACGCUGUCACAACAAAAAUGAACAAGAGAUGGGCAGCUCCUAUAGGGAGUAUUCCUUUUGGGAUCCCACUUAUUAGAGAGGGGGCCCAAACGCAAAGCGGAUCCCUUCUCUAACGGCCUCGUGUUUCCAGCCGGAGCAGUUUCCUAAAGGACCUGAAACGCGCAGCCGGGGCCCAGGGUCUUCUUAGAAGUCCCGAGUCCUUCCUUGCCAGGCUUUCUGUAAAAGCGCUUCCCCGCUGGCCGCCGUUUCUGCUCGGCCUGCCCAGAAAGAUAGCUCAGACAACCGCUCCGAUGGAGUCGGAAGGCGAUGGCCAACAUUGAAGCGUUUUGAGAAGGAGCGGCUAAGUUGUGAACGAGAGGCGGGAACCAUAGAGUUGUUGGCGGCGGCUAGAGGGCCCGGGAUGGGCGGGAAACGAGAGGAAGCGUGUGGCUAGAGGGGGAACCAUAGAGAGACUCGCGGGCUAGAAGGGCCACGGUGGGCGGGAAACGUAGGGAGCUAUGGGGAAGGGAAUUGCCCCCCAAGGCUGGAGGUACUGACCCAACGAAAAAGACUUGCUUGGGUGGAGGGAUUAGGGGGUUUGGGGUGAUCGUGUGUUGGGCCUCCUUGUCUCCCUUUGUCGUGUCCUUGAGCAGUGAGCUCCGUUUCUGCGCCUCAGUUUUCUCACAACAGAGAGGAUUAACUCUGGGAAAAUCAUGUAUGAAAGGACCUCGCGUGAUAAUGCUUUUGAAUGGACGAUGUGUAGCACGUGGGCACUAAUGCCAUUAUUAUUUUCGCGUGUUCUGCAGCUGUGAAACCCUGGAGGGCAUUAAAAUCAGGCAGUUGAGCCUUAACACUGGGGCUGUAGCCUUCCCCAUGUUGCUGCUCUAGCUUUCUCCCCUUCCCCAGCUCAAACCUCAUUCUUUCUCCUCUAGGUUUUAGCACCACCUCCGUGGUCCCCCAGCUUCCACUCUUGAGCCGGACGACAUACGGAGACAGAUCUUUCUAAAACUCAGAACUGAUAUUGUCCUUUCCUAGCUCAGAAUCCUUCCAAGCCUGCUUCUUCUUCUUCUUUUUUUUUUGUCUUUUUGCAAUUUCUAGGGCCGCUCCCGUGGCAUAUGGAGGUUCCCAAGCUAGGGGUUGAAUUGGAGCUGUAGCCACCGGCCUACGCCAGAGCCACAGCAAUGUAGGAUCUGAGCCGAGUCUGCAACCUACUCCACAGCUCAGGACAACGCCGGAUCCUUAAGCCACUGAGGAAGGCCAGGGAUCGAACCCGCAACCUCAUGGUUCGUAGUCGGACUCGCUAACCACUGCACCACGACGGGAACUCCAGAUUAGUGCCUUUAGAAAGACCCCAGAGAGCUUCUGCCACGUAAGGUUAUCCCGACAAGGUGGCCAUCUGGCUCUCACCAGACACCGAAUCUGCCAGCACCUUCAUCUUGGACCUGCAGUCUCCAACACAACAAGAAAUGUCUGUUGUUUAUAAGCCACCUCUCCUCCGAUUCUCUGUUAAAGCCCCUUGAGCAGACUAGGACAGCCAUGGGACACGAGCGAGUCACUGAGCUGAGACCUCGAUUUCCCCAACCCUUUCAGCCUCUUACCCGGCCACCAACAAUGAGAUUCCAACAUAAAAAGAAGGGAGGGAGCUCCCUUCAUGGCGCAGCGGAAACGAAUCCGACUCAGAACCAUGAGUGUGUGAGUUUGAUCCCUGGCCUCGCUCAGUGGGUUCAGGAUCUGGCAUUGCCAUGAGCUGUGGUGUAGUUCGAAGAUGUGGCUUGGAUCCUAUGUUGCUGUGGCUGUGGUGUAGGCCAGGAGCUGCAGCUCUGAUUUCACCCUUAGCCUGGGAAUCUCCAUGUGCCGCAGGUGUGGCCCUAAAAAGACAAAAAAUAAAAAUGAAAAGAAAAAGAAGACGGGAGGGAGUUUCUGUUGUGGCGCAGUGGAAAUGAAUCUGACUAGUAUCCAUGAGGAUGCGGGUUUGAUCCCUGGCCUCGUUCAGUGGGUCGGGGAUCCAGCGUUGCUGUGAGCUAUGGUGUAGGUCACAGACAUACGGCUUGGGUCCUGCCUGGCUCUGGCUGUGACAUAGGCUGGCAGCUCCAAUUCAGCCCCUUGCCUGAGAACUUCGAGAUGCCGCAGGUGCAGCCCUAAAAAGCCACAGCGGGAACUCCAAAGGACGUUCAGUCUCAAGUGUUGGGACGGCUGUGGAGCAACUGGACGUCUCAACGCUGCUGACAGGAGUGUAAAUGGACACAUCACUUGGAAGGAGUUAGUGCUGAAGCUGAGCAGACACACUGUAGGACCCAGCACGUCCAUCCCCAGAGAGGCUCCUCCGUCCCCAGGAAUGGGUGCUUUUCUCCACCAAGUUGCACGUGCAAGAAUAUUCCUAGUAGUUUUAUUCACAACAGACCAGAAUGCAAAACAAAUAUCCACUGACAGUUAAAAAAGAAGCUGUGGGGAAUUUGCAUCUCGGCACAGCAGAAACGAAUCUGACUAGGAACCAGGAGCUUGCAGAUUGGAUCCCUGGCCUUGCUCAGUGGGUUAAGGAUCUGGUGUUGCUGUGCGUUGUGGUUUAGCUCACAGACAGGCUUGGGUCUAAUGUGGCUGUGGCCGUGGCGUAGGCUGGCAGCUGUAGCUCCAGUUUGACCCCUAGCCUGGGAACCUGCAUAGACUGAGGGUGUGGCCCUAAAAAGCUAAAAAAAGAAAAAGAAACUGUGGUAUAGUCAUUCAAUAGACUUUACAGAAAAAUGAUUUAAAAAAAUAUUGAGUUCCCUGAUGGCUUAGUGGCCUAAGGUUCUGGUGUCAUUGCUGUGGCUCAGGUUGGAUCCCUGGCCCAGGAACUUGUGUAUGCCAUGGGGGUGGCAAAAAAAAAGUAAAAAACUAUUGAUUUACAUCAACUGUAUGGAUGAUCUCGUGGACUUAAAAUGACUGAAAGAAUCCAGACUGAAAAGAAAUUUUGUUUAUAUGAGAUUUAAAACAGGCGAAAAUAAUCUUUGAGAACAGAAACCACAAUACUCGUUCCUCUUGGUGGGGGUUAAUGAUGCCUAGGUGCCUUCUGGGAUGCUGGUAACAUGGCUGUGUAUAUAUGUAAAAAUUUGUUGAUUUGUAACUUUAAGACUCCCAUACUUUGUUUUUGUGUUUUGUUUUGUGUUGUUUUGUUUUUGCCAUGCCCCAGCAUGCAGAAGCUCCCAGGCCAGGGAUCGAACCUGAGCCACAGCAGUGAUAACACCGAGUCCUUAACCACCAGGCCACCAGGGAACCUAGUGCUACAUACUUUAAUCAGUGUAACUGUCAACAAAACUUACCAGUAAGAAUUGUAUAAUAGGAAAAGAAGGGAGUCUUUAUUCAAGCCAAACUGAUGACUAUGUCCUGGGAGAUUCAGGAAGCACUUGAAUUGUGUUCCACCAGACUACAAGACGGGGAAGGCUUAUGUAGGCAAAAACUACAAAGUUACAGAAGCUGUUUGUCAAGCACUAGGACAGGAGCUGGCGGAAGGUAAGGGUGCUCAUUCAUCAAGGAUUGGCUGGGGUCUGACAUGGCUGCAUAGUUACAACAGAGACCUUGAGACCGUAACACUGCAGCUGGCAGCUGCUAGCAGAUACUGAUUUGGGACCCGCUGGUGGUGACCGUGCAUCUGAUAGAGUGCAGAAAAUGCAACUCAGUGAUGCAGGAGUGUGUCUACAACCACAUCCACAGUGGCCACUUAGCUCCUCCAUUUUGGAUGCCUGAACCAUGGUUACUCCAUUCUGAUUUGUAAAUGCAUCCUUUUCUUUAAGGCUUAAAGCAGAUGUGCAGCGUGUGUUUGACAGGCCAUAAGAUAGGCUGUUGAGUUAGCAUGAAGUUCAAACCGAAGUAUGUGUAAGCCAGAAGGACCGCCCCCCCCCGCGCACACACACACCUCAAUGUGUGAAAUUCUUCCAUCAUCACUCACAUCUCAAUAUAGAAAAAUAACAGAAGAAGGAAGAACAAAGAAUGGAGGCCUCUCCAUGACAGAUGGGGAAACUGAGUCACCAAACAGGGAAUGGUGCUGUCACAACGAUGCUUCUCAGGUUUGCCUGGAGAGACUUGAGGUCUGACUGUUUUGAGACUAGAAUUGGGUUCCUACCAUUUCUGAGCAGCUUCAUUAAAAUCUGGCUUUUGGCACAAAAUCCACACAGGAUGCCUAAUCCUUUCAGACAGCUGGUACUGAGUCAGGAAGGCAGCUCUUGAUGAAUUCACAGGGCUCUGUGGGGGUGGGACCGCGAAAGCCCAGCCUGCUGAUUUUUUCCCUCACCAGCACCCGUAGCCAGCCUUGAGGAUGGGUUUCAUGCUCAGGCAGGUCUUUCCCUAAACUUCUUCUAGUUUCCCCCUGUAACUUGGGGGAAGGGAGGCGGCAGGCAUAGAACAAGUUCCCCCAAAGGAAGCUAUUGGGAUGAGACAGUGAGGCCCGGGAGAGUUCCUUGUUGCAGCAAGGGUACAACACAGAUAACACUCGUCUGCGUCUAAGGUAGAGGAAGGCGGAGACGGUCUCGUUCUGGUGGCAGAAGCUGGCAAAGAGGAGACACAACAAAUAUUUGUUGAAGAAAUGAUUGAGAUUCCGGUCAGCGGAACAGGAGGCUCCCGGAACUGUUCCUGGCUGUGUGAUGUAGAACAAGUCGUUGCCCCUCCCUGGGCCUGGGAGCCAGUCGGAACCCAGUUUCUGCCCAGCUGUGCUGUGUGAGCCUUUGCAAGUGGCGUAACCUCUCUGAGCCCUGGUUUUCUGCUCCGAAGUGGUGAACGGUUGUUGUCUGCGUGGAAGAUUUGACAAAAGAACACGGGCACGGUCUGGAUUAUUUCUGUAUCUCCUUCCUUACACCCUUUCCCCCUCCCCCUUUACUCAAUAAACAUUCCGCACUCCAUUUUAGGGCUCUUAUUUGCGUGUUGGGAGUGGGGCGGGGCGAGGCGGCGGGGCUGGGGAGGAUGGCAACUGGACCACAGACACCUCGGAACCUUCAUCUUCGCCCGUGUUUCUGGCCGGAGCCGGUUCCCGAAGGCCCAGGCGCCCCGCCCCCGCCCCCCUCCCCUGGACCCUCUUCUGUGUCCCCCGGUCCUCUCUCCCCUUGCCCGGCGCCGCCAGCUGCUGGGAGACACCCCGAAGCGCCCGCCUCCACCCGCGGUCACCUGCAACCACCCGGGGAGCCCGGGGCCGUUCCGGAGUCGCCCGGACCCGAGAGUCUGCUGCACCGGGCCUCAGCGACCCCUCCGGAUGCUGGUGCUGCCAACCCCCUGCCCCCAGCCCCUGGCACUUCCCUCCGCUGAGGCCAUGGAGGCCCCUCCCCCUCGGACAGAUGGGUCCCCAGAACCUGGACCUUCCUCCUCCUCCACAGGAUGUGCCCAGACCUCCUCCACUUCGCGGCCCAACCACUAUCUGCUCAUAGACACCCAGGGCGUCCCAUAUACUGUGCUGGUAGAUGAGGAAUCUCAGAGGGAGUCCGGGCCGGAUGGGGGUUCGACCCAGAAGAAGUGCUACAGCUGCCCGGUGUGCUCCCGGGUCUUCGAGUACAUGUCUUACCUUCAGCGACACAGCAUCACCCACUCGGAGGUGAAGCCCUUUGAAUGUGACACCUGCGGGAAGGCAUUCAAGCGGGCCAGCCACCUGGCGAGGCACCACUCCAUUCACCGGGCAGGCGGGGGGCGGCCCCACGGCUGCCCGCUCUGCCCUCGCCGCUUCCGAGAGGCGGGUGAGCUGGCGCAGCACAGCCGGGUCCACUCGGGGGAGCGCCCGUUUCAGUGCCCACACUGCCCGCGCCGAUUCAUGGAGCAGAACACGCUGCAGAAGCACACUCGGUGGAAGCAUCCGUGAGCCAGGCGGCAGGGUACCCCAUGGACCAUGGGAUUCCGGGGGUGAGCGUGGACUCCUAGCGAGCGCCAGAGGCUGGGCAGCGGGGGCCCCGGACGUAAACACAGACCUACUGUGCAGGAGGCUGGGCCCUGCCUUAAGGAGAAGACCGCCAGUCAUGGUCCGGUCCUCGGUGUUUUGGAGACAUGGUGGGAACAGACCUCAUCUUUACAGAGUGGAGUCCUCUAACCUGAGACAUCAGCUAUUUCAUGGCUGAGCCCUGGGAGCCUGUGGCCUGAAAACCAUGGUGAGGGGUCACCAGGAAUCUGCACCAUCUUCCAGAGGCUUUCCUGUGAUGCUGGGGGGGGGGGGGAGCGGCCUCCGACCUGCCUCCCACUCCCCAGCCAGGGCUUGAGACUGGACACCCAAGACUUGUUUUGAAGACUAAGUCUCUGCCCACUGCCUAGCAGGGAGACUCAGUGAGUGCCUGGCCCCCGUAGGCCUUGGUUUGUCUGGCUGGGGAAUGGGAAGAUUGGCCCACACUUGGGUCAGCCCUAGCUUGGCUCCUGACCCGGUGGUAUCUAGGCAGUGUUUGCAAGCUUUUCUUUUCUUUCCCUCUCGUUCUUUCUGCCACAAGUGUGGCAUAUGGAAGUUCCCAGGCUAGGGGUUGAAUCAGAGCUACAGCUGUUGGCCUACACCACAGCCACAGCCACAUGGGAUCUGAGCCGUGCCUGCGAUCUACACCAUAGCUCAAAGCAACACUGGAUCCUAAACCCACUGAGUGAGGCCAGGGAUUGAACCCGAAUCCUCAUGGAUACUAGGCAGAUUUGUUUCUGUGAGCCACAACAGGAACCCCUUUCUUUCUUUUUAACCACGAUCCAUUGUAAGAAACACAUUUUACAUGCAACUCAGUAUACAGGAUACACAAAGUAAAAGCAAAACAAAUAUUUAAAAAUAGUUACCUCUGCCAUGUGCUGGUCUCUCAUUUUUUCCCAUGUGCUUUUUUUUUUUUUUUUUUAAACUGCCAAUUCCAGUUUUUAUUCUACUAUGUUACAUUUUCUGCACAUGAACCUAUAGUUUCAAAAACAUCGAUCGAGGGCAGGCGCUGCCCCCUGGACGUUUUGACUCAGGCUGCAGUUUAUCUGUAGGUAACAUGGAGUGGGUAGGAGAGGACUGCGGCCUCGGUUUUCUAGGUGGUUGGCACAUUUAGGUUUGCCCCCUGCAGAGUUAGAGCAUCCCUCUCAUAAGGGCUGGCAGAAAUUCCAGGGCGUGGAUGAUACUGGAGAAUGGGAGGGGAAGAGGCAGGCAGCACUGGGCCAGAAGCUGAAUAAACAUCUACCCUCCUAGUUAA